AUUUUCGUCUGGUCUUAUAACAAUUGGUCACCGAUCAGGAAAGCCAAAAACUCAGUAAGUCGCGAUGCCAGUCCAGGAAAUCAACGCGCGGGUCCAGCACCUCGCGAUAUGCAGCAACGGCGGAGGAGCUGACGCCGAGGCGGCGGUGUGGUCUCAGAUCAAAGAUGAGGCGAAGCGCGACGCCGAAUCGGAGCCGGCGCUCGCCAGCUACCUCUAUUCCACCAUCAUUUCUCAUUCCUCCUUGUUUCGUUCCCUCUCCUUCCACCUCGGAAACAAGCUCUGCUCCUCCACCCUUCUCUCCACGCUCCUCUACGACCUCUUCCUCAACACCUUCUCUACCGAUCCAUCCCUCCGUGCUGCCACCGUCGCUGACUUAUGCGCCGCCCGUUUCCGCGACGCUGCUUGCAUUUCCUUCGCUCACUGCCUUUUAAAUUACAAGGGCUUCCUAGCCAUCCAGGCUCAUAGAUUGGCACAUAAGCUAUGGCUACAGAACAGAAAACCAAUAGCAUUGUCACUGCAAUCUAGGAUCGCGGAUGUGUUCUCGGUGGAUAUACACCCUGCAGCUAAGAUAGGGAAGGGGAUAUUUCUAGACCACGCAACCGGAGUGGUGAUCGGAGAGACGGCAAUAAUAGGGAACAAUGUGUCAAUGCUGCACCAAGUCACAUUAGGUGGGACCGGGAAAACUGGUGGUGAUAGACAUCCAAAGAUCGGAGAUGGGGUCUUGAUUGGGGCAGGGGCCACGAUAUUGGGAAAUGUGAAGAUUGGCGAGGGAGCGAAAAUUGGUGCUGGGUCGGUGGUGCUGAUUGAUGUGCCACCACGGACCACUGCAGUUGGAAGUCCUGCUAGGCUAGUGGGUGGGAAAGAACAGCCAAGUGUUCAUGAAGAUGUUCCUGGGGAGUCCAUGGAUCACACUUCCUUUAUUUGUCAGUGGUCAGACUAUAUUAUAUAGUCAUUCUUGUCGCCAAGAAAUCUGUAAUAGCGUCUAUAUUAUCAACCGGUGCAAACAUCAAUGAGAAAAUAGAAUACUGAAAUGUAAUUUUCUGUAGAGUUUUAAUUUGUAAAGAAUGCCACGACUUGUCUCAGUGUCUGAAAUAGCCCAAAAUCAUCAUCUGCUGAAAACCCAUAUUUGUUUGAGUUAAUUAUGUAUUAAGAUUGCGAAUGUUUUAUAUCAUUAUGCGUGUUUCUUG